CUGUUGGAUCUGUUUUUAGAGUCUAGUGCUAGGACGGUCAGCACGUGGGGAGGAGAGAGACUUACAGAGGGGGACACGUUGGGAUUGAGUCGGGCCCAGGUUAUAGAUAUCGUUUAACUAUAAUUCACGGUGGCGGUGCGGGAUAAAAAUAAUCACGGUGUAGCUGCUAGGGUCCUGAGGAGAUGCCGCUGAGGUUCCGGUCCUUCGUCCCGUACACACUGCCAGGGGUACUGGCGCUGAUUGGCUGGUGGUGGUACAUCUCCCGCAAGAAAGGUCGAAUCACCAGCCACGAUUCUGAGGAGGGGGCGGUGCCGGGGGCCCUGGGGCUGCUGUCGUCGCCCAGCGAGGGCAGCAACGGGACGGCGGAGAGGGGGCCCCGCAGGAAGCCCAGCCGGGGCCGGUUCCGGGUGCAGGAAGAGCCGCCGCUGGGGCAGGAAGUGACCGCCGAGGUGCACGCCCCCCUGUGCGCGGCGGGCGAGAGGGCGGACGUCCCCGCCCCCUCUCCCUCUGCGCUUCCCCUGGAGACCGGCGGAGGUGAAGCCGCCGGACAUAGGAACUCCGACCUAAGGCCGGUCGCCGCGGAGACGGCGGAGGCGAAGGUCGCGCACCCGAGGCCAGAGAAAGGGGACGCGGGCGCGGGCGCGGGCGAACUGCCGCCCGGCGCCCAGGAAGCCGCUGGCGACGCCGACUCCUCCGCGGUCGCCAUUGCCGGGAGCGGCCGGGUCCCCGUCGCCGAGGCCGAGCGGUCGACGUCGGCCGCGCCCGACGCGGCGCAGGCCAGCGCCGUGAGGCCCGAGCCGGAGGGGGAGGUGGCGGCAGACAGAACGCCGGUGCCUUGCGCCGACGCUCCCCCUUCCAAAGAGGCCCCCAAACCCGCCCUGCAGGCCCCCAUACCCGCCCAGCAGGCCCCCUUACCCGCCCAGCAGGCCCCCAUACCCGCCCAGCAGGCCCCCAAACCCGCCCAGCAGGCCCCCAUACCCGCCCAGCAGGCCCCCAACCCGCCUUGCAGGCCCCCAACCCGCCUUGCAGGCCCCCAUACCUGCAGCCCAUUCCCAGCAACCCAACCCCCGCAGGCCCCCAUACCGCCCUGCAGGCCCCCAUACCCGCCCUGCAGGCCCCCAUACCCGCCUUGCAGGCCCCCAUACCCGCCCUGCAGGCCCCCAUACCCGCCCAGCAGGCCCCCAAACCGCCGCGGCCCAUCCCACAGCCCAUGCGCCCGCAGCCCCAAACCCGCCUUGCAGGCCCCCAAACCCGCCUUGCAGGCCCCCAUACCCGCCUUGCAGGCCCCCAUACCCGCCUUGCAGGCCCCCAAACCCGCCCAGCAGGCCCCCAUACCCGCCCAGCAGGCCCCCGUCUCCACGGAGACGUUGGUUAGCGCGACAGCCGCGCCGACCACGGCUGCAACGAUGGCCACAUCGGUCGCCGCGCUCCCCCCCUCUGCCCCUCCCGUCGCGGCAGCGGAAGCGGGGCGGCUCGGCCCCGCCCAGGAGAACGGGCUGGCGGCGGCGGGGGCGGAGGAGGAGCCGGCGGAAGGAGCCGGAAGCGCGGGGGAGAUCGAGCGGCUCGCCGCCGGGCUCAUCACGGAGGUCAUCUUGGCCGCCGCGCAGGAGGUACUGAUAGUCAGCCGGGGUGAGGGCGGGGCCGGGGGCAGGGCUUUGUGUCAUAGCCAGAAAGAUGAGGAGGAGGAGGAGGAGGGGGAGGAGAGCGGGGUCGUCUGGGAGCCCAGCAGCAGCACCCCCGUAACCAAUGGGAGGCCGUGCGCCUCGCGAGACACGCCCACGGAGGAGAGCCCCCCCUCAAAGGGGCGGUCCGAGUCGGGGAUGGAGGAGGGGGGGUCGUCGUUGUCCUCGACGACGAACUUGGCGACGGCAGCCGGCCUCCGGCUUUCCGACGCCGGGGGGGAGGAGCUGAACGGCUGCCUGGCCCCCCCGUCGUGGGAGGAGCCCGCCGGCCCCAGCCAGCGGGUGGAGCCGGGGAGCCCCGCCCCCUGCGCGGAGGCCACGCCCCCGAGCCUGAGCAAGCUGCGGGCGGAGGACGGCGUGGUGGGGGGGGCGGCGGCGGCGGAGGAUUCGGGGUGCAGCACCUGCCAGUCCGAGGAUGGGGCGAGCAGCGAGGACCUGCUCCACAGCACGGGGCUGUCCUGCCCCGCCCCGGCCGGCCGGGACCGCCUGCUGCACCUCUCGGGGAUCUGCCGAGGCAGGACCCCCGAGGGCCCGGGCGGGCGGGGCCUGGAGGGGGCGGGGCUGAACGGCGCGGGCCUGGGGAACGGGACGCUCCUCUCCGGCGAGACGGAGGCGGACCACUCCGGAGGUUCAGAUGUGAACAGUAUGGACAGUGUGGACAGUGGCUGCACUCUGGGGGCAGGAGAUGGUCCCAGUGGAAGCACACAGAGUUCAGAGCUCAUCAUCUGGGAGAUCGAGGUGCCAAAGCAUCUGGUGGGCCGAUUGAUCGGGAAACAAGGGAGAUACGUGAGCUUCCUGAAACAGAGUUCCGGAGCGAAGAUCUACAUCUCCACCCUGCCUUACACACAGGAGUUUCAGAUCUGUCACAUAGAGGGUACGCAGCAGCAGGUGGACAAGGCCUUGGCCCUCAUAGGGAAGAAGUUCAAAGACUUGGACCUGACCAACCUGUAUGCCCCGCCCCCUCUUCCCCUCACCCUGCCCUCACUGCCCAUGACGUCCUGGCUGCUCCUGCCUAACGGGGUGACGGUGGAGGUGAUCGUGGUGAACAUCGUUUCGGCGGGGCACGUGUUCGUGCAGCAGCACACGCACCCCACCUACCACGCCCUGCGCAGCCUGGACCAGCAGAUGUUCCUGUGCUACUCGCAGCCCGGCACCCCCGCCUUACCCUCGCCCGCCGAAGUGGGUGUGAUCUGCGCAGCUCCUGCAGUUGAAGGCGCGUGGUGGCGAGCGCAGGUCAUCUCCUUCUACAAGGACUCCGGCGAGGUGGAGAUCCGAUACGUGGACUACGGCGGCUACGACCGAGUCAAGAUCGACACGCUGCGGCAGAUCAGGUCGGACUUUGUAACGCUGCCGUUCCAAGGAGCUGAAGUUCUGCUGGACAACAUCGCACCCCUUCCUGGUGAGGAGAGGUUUUCGGCCGAUGCCAGCUCCGCCCUGGAGGAGAUGACCCGAGGCGUGGCCUUGCUAGCACAGGUGACUAACUAUGACAAUAACACCGGACUGCCCCUGGUGCAGAUGUGGAACAUGGUGGGGGAGGAGUUGGUGUCGGUGAAUCGCACUCUGGCUGAACGAGGGUUUGGCACCUGGGUGGACAGCUUCUGAUCCCUGCUGACCCCGCCCUGAUGCCCCCCCCCCCAUCCCUUCCCCCCCCCCCCCCCCCACACUCCUCUCUGCCCUGCACGCCCUCCUGGUCACCGCACACUGGAGUUUGGCACCUGUUCUGGGCAGACCCCCCCCACCCUCCCUCAUCGGAGCGUACGCACCACUGGUUUCCCCCUCUGCAGUUUUUUUGUUUUUCUUUUUUCAAGUCUCUUGAGUUUGCACUUUUUUUUUUUUUUUUUUUUACCUUGGGAGCAGUCUUUGUCUUUUCCUCUCCCUAAUCUUGAAUUAAAUCCACGUCUAAGGAUUAUCAACGAAUGAAUUUUGCCACUUCACGCCCCUCCCCCCACGUCAGAUGUCCCCAAAAAAAAACAAAAAAACAAAAAAAAGAAGGAAAAGAAGAAAAAAGUACUUUUGAUCCUUGGUAUUGUAAAUUUCACAAAAAGAGAAAAGAAAUCUUAUAGAGUUAACUGAAUAAAGGUUGAUCAUAACUCCGUCCUACCUGGAGUCUGCUUCUGGGCCUCUGACUCACCUGUAGGAGGCGUGUCUCACCCGUGCUGACCCCGCCCCCCCCCCCCCCGCUGCACCGGGACUAACCGCCGCAGUACACUGCAGGAAUACACCGCCAACCGCCACCGCCAACCGCCACCGCCCCGCCUCCUGUGUUUCUCUCUCAGGACGGCAGCCGUGGGGAUGUUUUUAAGGAUCGGGGUUUCCACCGUGUCCGCUGUCGGGGUCUCUCUGGCAUGCUGGGAUACGUAACGGAUGUUUUUACAGAAAUGGCGGCAGGCUGCGGCGAGGUUGCCGGGCGGACAUUUUGGAUUUGUGGCUUGGGUCGUGGAAGAGCGGGCAGCCGACUCACUGCACGGCCCUCCUUAUCCUCUGUCCCGUACGGGCCUACACAUCACUGUGGCCUUAUGGGUAAUUCAUCUGUGAGGUCAGCGACUACAGGACCCCUGUGAGAGCUCGGUGUGUGCUUGUGUGUGAGAGAGCUCGGUUUGUGUGUGGUGUGUGUGUGUGUGUGUGUGUGAGAGAGCUCGGUGCGUGCGUGCGUGCGUGAGAGCUCUGUGUGUGUGUGACAGAGAGCUCGGUGAGUGUGUGUGUGUGUGCGCGCGCGUGUGUGAGAGCUCGGUGUGUGUGUGUGUGUGUGUGUGUGUGCGCGCGUGUGUGUGUGUGAGAGCUCGGUGUGUGUGACUGGCAGCAGACCGCCGUGCUGUCCUGGCGCUCCUGCUCGUGUGGCGGUUCAGGAGGAGGGACGUCAGCGACGUCGGUUUCCCUCCUUUUUAUUCCCCCUUUAUUCAUGGUCCAGUUACCUUGUUAACAUCGUGCGAUCAGGUAGCAACCCGGCUGGUCUGCCUGGAGACUCGGCGGAGGUGAUUUUUCAUUGGCUCACAGGCCAGCCGUGUCAUCACAGUGAGAACAGUACCUGAACAGCUAAUGGGCCCAGAGUAAUAAUGACAGUGAGCACUGUCUGUAUUCUGUGUGUAACCCUGCCCCGCCCCCCCCCAUCAUCCUCAUAUCACCCAGUCACACUCAGUGUCUCAUCUCUUAAGCUCCUCCCCUUCACACUAAUUGGUUUGUUUCUCCCAGUCCUGUAGGAAGUUUCUUGGUGACUGUCGUAGGCUCUCCAGGUCUCCAAAUUGUUUGCGUCUGUGAACCGCGUCUGUAGGUGGGAGGGUGUGACUUCGGCUUUUUUUUUUUUUUUUAAACGUGACUGAAUGUAUGCAAACCAAUAUUUUCUGUGGUGGGACGUGCACUGCGAAUGGAGGGAUGUGAUUGGUCAGCUUUUUUCCCUCCCCUACCGUUCCCGCGGCUGGUUCGACUGCGCAUUUUUCCCGUUUUUUUUGAUACACUGGCUGUUCUCGUGUUUUGGAGAUGCAGCACAGAACACCCUCGUCACCUGACUACUGGCUCUGCGCUCCGAUUGGCUGCGUCCCGCACCCUGCGCUACGAUUGGCCCACAGCUUGUUUCUCCUCACCUCUCUGUAGAAUUUCAAGAUCGUCAUUAGCCCUAUCGCUGUGCGUCUCACGCCUAAUGUUCAUUUCCUGUUCGUUCAGGAAGUGGUGUCGGCUCCACCCCAUCGUACGCAGUCACCCUCACUCACCUACAUGUUGGCGUUGAGCCAUAUCUGACUUUCUGGAGAUCGGCCGUUAAAGAACUCCGAUUGCACGUUCCUUUAAGGACCAUCCCCAUGCUCAAUAUGCAGCCAAUCCCGGGUUAGUUCGGUAUUUGGGGAAACUCCUGUUCACGUGGUCAGUGUCAUCCUCACUCAUUUACAUUUCGGCUUCGGCCACAUCAGUUAUUCUCGAGCAGCAAACAGCGUUUAUGUUUGUUACAUUUUUUUUUUUCCCCCUUGAAGAUUUUGGAUUUUAUCCAAUUCAUUCUCGUACACCAAAAAUGUCUGUAGAUCCAGGCUGACUGCUUUGGAUCCAUGGCUUUGCGUGCUUGCUUGACGUAGGUCCUCCAUUUAACUGGCACCCGUGUUCAUGUAGAAACUGACAGCUUGGCCACGUAAAAAAUCAGAACUUUAAUGAGAGUUUUAAGUUCUCAAAUGCUAAAGGCUAAAAGCCCCCCCCCCCCCCCCCACCCCCAUGCUUGGCUCUGGAAACGCAACGGGUGUCAUUACUGUGGUAGGCGUCUGUCUUGGGGAAUCGGUGUCUUGGGGGGGAAAAACACUAUUUGAACCUUUUAACUCUAAUGUACCUCUGCUCUUUCCGUAGAGUCCUUCUUAACACAGAAACACUUGGUGCAUUUUAAUGACUGACUCUCACAGUGACUCCGUGGUUGCAGUGGAAGGUAUGGGAUUUUUUUACUAGUGCUGACCCAGAGAUAGGCUUCACACAUCCCAUAAUGCACAGAGCUACCGUGUAACUCCAGGCAACCGGUCCAAUGAUUACAAGGCAAAAACACUGUGAUUGGUUCAAAUCGGCGAGUCGCUGCUGAGGCGAGGUGGCUCCGCCCCCCCCGGCUCUCGCAUCACUAAUUUAUAUCGAGAUCGCCCAGCUCUUGCAGCGGAGGGAUUUAAGUAGCGGGUUUUAGACUCUUGUGUCGGGGUCGAAGGUCAAACCGGACAAAGGGAUCAGGAAAUCUGCCUGUUGUUAAAUGUUGUGAAUACUGAACUUAUUUUUAUAUGAAGAUUUCAACUCCGUAUUUGACUGAGCUGAUUUGGCUUUAUCGCGAGUCAAAUCGGUACCUGGUGUGUGUAAAAAAUUAAAAAAAAAUAGAGUCCCCCCCCCCCCUUCACCCUACACCCCCCUACUCCACCCAGACCCAGUCCCAUCUGAUUCAUAAGGCCAGGGGUCCUUGGACUUGAGCAGCUGUGUGUAAAUACAAUAUUUCACUGUACUUUUGUAAAACACAGAAGAAUAUAAGGAAUUAAAGGGAUCAUUCUGUUCUAGUCCCCCCCCCCCACCCCCCUCCUAUUCCUGCCCCCGUUGUUCUCUGCUGUAGGACUGGUUUGAAGUGUUUGCUUAGCUAGAUAAUGAAUAGUUUGAUUAUUUAAAAAACGUGUGUAUAAGCAAUCCUGCCCCAAGCAUCCACAUGUACAGGUCAGAUUUUGCUAGGCUUGUGAAAGGUUUGAUUCUUGGUUGUACAGAUCUAUAAAAAAGAGAGAAUAAAACUAUUAAAUAAG